GAGAGAGAGUACUCCGCUCUGCAGACUCUGACAGCUCAGAAGUGACCCACACCAGUCUACAGCUCUCUUCUAUCCCGGCUGCAUAAGAACAGUGAAUGAUGUGAUAAACUAAUCAGUGAAGAGCCUGAUCGCGUCACGUUUAUGGUUUUCUUCUUUGCGUUUGGCUGCGAUUUUGGGUUUCGCGCCGUCUCCGAGCGAUUCGCACAGACCUCUCCACAUGAGAUGCUGCCAUGUCCCGAGGGCUGUUCCUGCGAGUGAACGUGUGCUGGAUCGCGGCGUUGCUGCUCACACACCUGGCCGUGGCGUCCGCCGCGCGCGCGCACACCUGCAGCGAGGUGAAAACGGCUUUCCAGCUGCGCCAGGUCGGCUCGCUCCAGUGGGUACCGGAAACACCUGCCACAGAUGUGAACCUGUUGGUGUGUAAGCAUGCUGGGCCAUCCUGCUGUACUCGUAAGAUGGAGGAGCACUACAAACAGGCCGUGGUGAGGGAUACUGUGCAGAAUAUCAGGUCAUACAGCUUCGAACUCAAAUACCUGCUCUCAGGCCAAGCUACUGCCUAUAAGGAUAUGUACCAGUCUCUGUUCACUUUCUCCCAAGAUCACCUAAUGUCUUUUUUUGAGAACACCUUCCCCUCUCUGUCUUCUAAAAUUGCUCCCCAUGUCACUUCCCUCUUCUCCAGUAUUUCCAACUUCAUCCAGGACACCUCCAACAUUUCGGUGAAUGCUUCUGUCUACCGCUUCUUUGACCACCUCUUCCCACUAGUCCACAACCACAUCAUCAAGCCAGGCAUUGCUGAGGAUAACAACCUCGCUGAAUGCCUCCGUGCCACUCGCCAGGAUGUGAAUCCUUUUGGCUAUCAUGCUCAAGCCAUGGUUAAGGAGUUGGCAGGUGCCAUUCAGGCAGCCAGGGCAUUAACAAGGGCAUUUUACAUGGGUGAGGACUUGAUGAAUAUCACAGAAGUGGCACCUCUGACCAACGAGUGUGCCCAGGCACUUCUGAAGAUGCAAUACUGCCCACAUUGCCAAGGCUUAACCCUUAUACGUCCUUGUCCUGAGUCCUGUCUCAAUGUUAUGCGGGGAUGCCUGGCAAACAUGGCAGAGCUAGAUAUGCCAUGGAGGCACUAUGUGGCUAUUCUGGAGGACCUCACGUACACUAUAGCUGCAGCGAACACCCUGGAAUUUGCCCUGCUUGGGGUCAGGAGGAAUGUCGACGAGGCCAUACUACGUGCACAAGUAGAUAAAGCCAGGAUCAGUGCUACUGUGGAUAAAGUGUGUGGCCAGUCCGUGGCUGGGACCCAAAGUGUUCACCCCACCACUGAUAAGAUGAUUCCCACAGUAACAUAUUUUGCUCCAGAACCCCCGACCAACCAGUCAGAGUCUAAUGUCACGAAGCAGCUGGGAAGAUUAUCCCACCUACGCAGCUCACUCCCUCUGAAACCCAGGAAACACAGUAAAGAUAGAAGUCUAAAACAGAUUUCUUGGCAGUUCAUGAAGUAUAUUGCACGCUACAAGGCAUUUUUUGUGGCGUUACCAGAUAUGCUGUGUGAAGGAGAGGUUGUGCGAGAUGAACCCACCUGCUGGAGUGGAAAUGAUGUGGUGGAGAGUUAUAAAGUUCGAGUGGUGGGCAAUGGAAUUCUUGCUCAAAGGCAGAAUCCUGAAGUGAAGGUCAGAGGUCCAGAUGCUAUGCUUGCAGCAGUCAAGGAGAGACUUGAACACUUCAACCAGGACUUACAACAGCGCAUGCCAGGGCUGGGAUACAGGGACUCGUGGGAAGACCUGGGCAGUGGUGAAGACAGCAGUGGCGAGUGUGAUGAUGAGGAUGGUUGCCAGGGGUCAGGGGAAUACACAACUAAAUCCUCUGACACAGACUUGAAUGUUGACACUAAGGUGGUAGUGAAAUCUCCUCCUCAUGAGGCUCCUGUCGGACGCUUUAAACCCAAACUCCGCAGCGCUGCUCAUGUUGUUCUCCCCUCCUUCACCACCCUCAUCCUCAUCCUAGGACAGCAAUGGACCUUGAACUGAGAGGUUGAAGAUGCGCAUAAAUAUAAAUAAAAACACAAGAUCUUCUUCUGCUUGGAUGCUUAUGUCUAGCUCCAUUUUGUCUUCCAAGACUGCUACCAUUUUUCAUGGCAGCAAAGAUCUAAUAUAUUCUUAAAACAUUUUCUCUCUCUCUCUCUCUGUCACACACGCAUACACACACACACACACACGAUCAAGCAUAUCAAUAGUCAUAACUGCUUUUAAUCAUAUUCUCUCAGAUUAAAUGUCACUUAAAUAUCACGCAUCUAAACCUUCCACCAGCCAGUGAAAUGCAUGACAGACACACUUCUGAAGCAUUAAUGAACAAAGACCAUCAAGGAAUGUUCUUACGCUAUUAAACAUAUAGAUACAGAGGAAGAAAGAGGAAAAUGAAAUAGUAUUGCUAUGCUCAAUACAGUAUGUAUAUAGUUUUGAUUCCAUAGUGAAGACAGUUUUUAAAUGAAAAUACCACAUCAAAACUCUAACCAAUUCAACAUAACUUACUUCAGUGCAUCCAGAAAAACACACAUCUUUUUAAUCAUAAUGGAAUGACAUUGAUGGAUUCAACAAAAAAAGCUCAUUAAUUACCUGUUAAAUGGCUUCAGUUUAAUCGAUUACAAUCAUCAUGUUUAAUGCUUUCAACUUUUACCCUGAAUUAAAGCCAUUGAGAAAAAAAAAUCACCUCAAAUGUAUUUAAAGCAAGAGAAACAUGGACAGUAUAUGCAUCAUAUAGAGAAAUGUAUGCAUAUUUUGCAGAAUUCAUCUUGGUGUUAAUUUCUUCAUGUUGUAUGUUCAUGUUUACAACCUAAAUUACGACCAUUCUUCAAGGACUAGCUAUGUUUCCAUCCACUCGAACAUAUUUUUAAGUUCCAAAUUCCAAGAGGUCACCGCAUCUUAAAACUGAGUCCUGAUAGUAAAUAUGUUAGCAUUCUGAUUGUUAAUUCAUAGUCAAAGCUUCCCAUAUUAUUCAAUUCCUAAAAGUUCAAGCACCACAUAAAAUUUACUUUUUAGCAGAGCUCCCCAUGAGCAAAGCAUAUGGAGCUGCCCCCAUACUUAAGAGAGGUAAUGCAUUGGCCUGGAUUUUGAUGGCUUUUGACCGUACGAUGGUCAUAUGUGCAUGGACCACCACAGGGAACCCGAAAAUAAGUGCAAGGCAAUGUACCUCACAAAAAUUUGACCACCGGACAAUGAAAUUUGUUAAUUUGUUUAAAUUGAAACUACCUUUAUUUCCAUAAGAUAUAUGGGUUUUUAUCCAGCACUUAUUUUUAAUUUGCUUUUUAAAAAAAUAACAUGGGUUGAUUUACUAACACAUUUUAUGGAAAACAUUCAUGACAGUUUCAUAUAAAAUGAGUUAAAACAGUUUUAUUAGUCCACUAGCUUGUCAGAGAAUUGACAGCUUCUGUCAAGUGAGGGUGAUAGACGGAUGUAAGUGCAGGAAGAGUUUUAUUGAAAGCACACUAGCAAAUAAAUCCAGAACGUAGACAAAGGCAGAGUUGAUAAACAGGCAGUGGUCUUGUGAGGCACAGAAGGGAUAUCAGAGGUAAUACAAUACUCACAGUCCAAAAACACAAACAGGGUCAAAAACAGAAAAGUGAUACAAAUUGCAAGGCUUGGACAAUAUAUAUAUAUAUAUAUAUAUAUAUAUAUAUAUAUAUAUAUAUAUAUAUAUAUAAUGUGUGUGUGUGUGUGUGUGCUGUGAUUGUGCUCUAAUCAGGAACAGGUGCAUGGUAAUUAGUCCUAAUGGCACUGCAUACACACCAGUGUGUGUGUGGACUUGACAGAUGUAACCAGACAACAGUUUGACAUAUCAAGUUUGAUAUUCGAUCAUAACUAUAUAGUAAUACUGGAAAGUGAAAGCGCUGGUUCACUGCUGUCCACCAGGCACCCAGCAGAGUCACUCCAUAAUAAAUGUCAUGGUGUUGUUUCUGGCACAUGGCAUGCGGUGUCAAAGAAAGGAAUAAAUAUGUAUUCAUAACUGCGAUGCACAUCUCAUUAUUGUUAUCACUGUCACAAGACAAUGCAGCAAUUUAUUACCGCAAAAUACACUACACUACACAAUUUGAUGGUUCAUAUGCUAUAAUAUUAUUCUAUUCAGGUUGAUUUUGUGCCCUUGCAAAUAUUUUGCUCAUACACUCAUCAGGAGCUCUGCUUUUAGGCACUGCAUAUGCGCAUAAAGAACGCUUGAUUGUAUUUAAAAUUUAUAUUUCACCAGUUAACCAGUUGCUGGGAUGGAAACAUGGUUUUGAUUUUAAAUUUUAAUAAGCAAUAAUGAGAUCCUCAAACUUGGCUUCUGCGUGUUUCCCCCUUUCCUAUUUCCUUAUACAAAAUUUUGCUACACACAUUUACGUAUUUUACAUAAGAGUUGAACAACAGUUCCACAUUUCUAGGACUGGUAAGGAAAUUACUUUUGCUUCUCUUUCACCUUAUUGGCAGCAAAUGCACAAUGAACAUUAGCAUAGCAUAUGUAUAAAUGUAUAUAUUUAAGGUCAUUCACUGUUUUGUCUGUGUAUUGCUUUUUUUUUUAUUUGUAUUGUGAAAGGUGCAGUGAGAGAGGCAAUGAGUCCUUAUAGUGCUUUUUCGAGGUCUGAAAGGUGUUUUUUUGUUUUUUGAAUAUAUAUAUAUAUAUAUAUAUAUAUAUAUAUAUAUAUAUAUAUAUUUUUUUUUUUUUCCUACUUCCCAUGCUUGUGGAAUGAUUCACAUUUGAGAUUCACUUGGCAUUGGCAUAUAGUAUAAGAGACUAUAAAUCAUCAACUGUAACAACCAGCUCAUUUAAACCUGCAAAAUAUUAAUAUCUUGAUUUACUAACUUUCGCAUUAAUGACUUCUAUAAAUUUGUUGUCAACUGGGAGAAACAGGCAUAAGCAAAUUUAAUAAACGCCCUUUAGUUGUAUAGUACUGAUUUGGACACAGCAACACUGUCCCUGAAGUGACUUAUUAAGUCACACUACAAGGGCACAGUUAAUCAGUUUGUAUUGAGUCCACCAUUAAUUUUGCACCUUUAGGUAGAAACAGACUUACAUAUUGCAUAUUCAUGAAGGUAUGUUGCCCUGUUGGUAAAUCAUCACAUGAUAAUUGAAUAUUGUUUUCAAGUUUGCACAAGUAAACUAAUAAAUCAGUCUCUAAGGAUUUUUUUAUCAACUAAAAUGGAACAAAGUGUUAUUAUAAACUGAUGCCUACAUCUCUUACAUUGAGAAAUCUCUUACUUGACAAAAAUAAACCAUUUCCAUCUUCUAAAUACCAUAUAUUCCCAGUACUAUUACACAGAUGAACCUCAAUGUGAAGGAAUGGCUUUUUAUAGACUCCCUUCCCUAUAGGCUGUCCUCUAAAUGACACUUACUUUAAAUUUUUUUUUUCCCACUGAUGACAAGUCAAUCUCAUCUCUCAAGUCAAUAUGUGGUUCAAUUUAAAUUACAUAUGCUCAGCAUGUAACACUUUUUUUUUUAAUUUAAAAUUGAGAAUGAUUUAUUUAACAAGACAUGGGCUUAAAUCUGAAACUAUGACUAAGCUAACUGUUAAAUUAGCUGAAUGUAUGACAACUUAGCAUUCUGAAUUUAUGAUUUCUACAUUAUAUGUUAAUGAAAGUCAACUACAUUCUUAUUUUAAGUACCUUACAAUUUUGACUUAAAAUACUGUUGUAAAAGUAUGUUGGAGACCUUUAAAAGCCUUAUUUGCUUUUGCUUAUUUGAUCAGGGGUUAUUGUCACAAGUCUGGGGCCUUGCUAUAAAGCCAUUAUUUCUACAAUUUCAUUAAUGCAUUGUUUUAAAUAAACCUCUACAUUUGA